AUGGAGUCGGAAUGUCCAACGCCUUACAAUUCAAUAUACGUUCCCGUAAAGAGAAGAGACAUAGUCUGUUGUAAGCACGGAACACCAUGCGAAAUUGCACAAAAUCAAAAGGAAGGGGAACUUAAUGGUGAAGAUAACGUGUCCGAUCAGUACGUCAACUUGGUCGACACAAAAAAAGAUGCUAAGAAAUCCAGAGACGAAGUGAUCCAGUCAUUAGCUGCAAAACUGAGAGAACUUGAAAAUAAGGACCCUAGACGUAAAGAAAAGAGGAGGAGCAGACAUCGAAGAGCAAGAGAAGAGCGCAGAAGAGAAGAAGAAAGAGUUAAGAAAAGGGAAGAAGAGAUAGAAGAAGGCGAACAAAGCAGACAUGAAGACGUGUUUGUGGUAAAAGAUGAUAAAAAAUCCGGAAGAGGGAAGCAGGAGUCGUCGAAGAAACGGUUAGAAGGAGAAGAGCGGAGAGAUGAAAGUAGCUCUAAGAGGAGUAAGGAAGAUAGAGACGACAAAGGGAAAAGGAAGAGGGACUUGGAUAUUUCGAGGAGACGGGAGGAAGGUUCAAGAAGGAAGGACGAUGAGAGACGAAGCGAUAGCGAAAGUAGCUCGCGGAAGGUUAGAAAACAGCACAAGAGGGACGAACACGCACACGUACGCCUCGAGGAACGGUCUCCUCCUCGUUCACCAACUGCAAGGAAAUCUCUGCCUGAAAAGUCACGAGCCCAGCAAGGAAAAACCAAGAAAUUCGAUAGCAAGUCUUCGUCCGACUUCAGCCCGUCUGUAAGCCGCGGAUUGGUCUGUGAUCUUGAUGUGAGCCAGAGCACAAAAAAUAGGAGAAAGCGCGAGCGAAGAGAGAAGCGGAGAAGAGAAAGACGUGAACAUAGGGAAGCUCAUGCCGAUGAUCGGCAGAUGUUUGAGUCCAUUCGAAACAUAAUGCCUCGCGAAGAUGAAGCCGCACAUGUAAAGAGGUCGGACGAGGAGAAAGAGAAGCACGUUCAAGGAUCUUCUGCAUUUCAGCACCAACAACCUUUGAACGGUACUGCGAAAAGCGUUUAUAUCGGUGUGUGCAAUUUUGCAAAAGCAGAGGAGCAGGUGGAAAAGAGAUCGGACUUCCGCGUCUAUCAUCAGCUGGCUCAUCGCCCUCUUCUUGAUGAUUUGGAACAAGAACUUCCGCUUAUUGUUGUUUAUAAAACCGCUAAUGGUUCAUUUAGACACUAUCCUAUCCGUCGUCGGAAAGUUGGAUCAUCUUCUUACUACUAUGUAGACUACGGUGAUCCAAAAGUUCAAGCACAUGCUUCUCUUGAUCAUCUCGUACGGUAUUAUCAGAUUAAUGCUCAGCGGCAUCCAAACAAUCGACAGUAUGCAGAUCAAUUCCCAUGGUGGGAAGUUCAUCUAUGA